CUGCGUCUGCUGCACAUGAAAUAUCAGGCAGGACACAAACCAAGAGCGAUCAUUUGCAUUUCGGUCUUCUUCACUGCAGCCAAGAGCAACAUUUACUUCAUCAUAGCUUCCUACUGCCACCCCCAGCCGUACAAACGCACUGAACAAAAAGCCUUAAAAGUCGGUUGAAUUGAACAAGUUCGCGAGGACCAACGCAGAAUCAACGGCACCGCGAUGAAUCUAAAGUUUUGUCGUUUCGGCGGGUGGCCGCAGCUCCUGAUGGCGGUUCUGCUCUGCACGGCCGCAAGUGCUAAUCCUACCAAUAGCACCGAGCCGUGCGAUGAAGGCCAGUUCACGUGCGCCAACGGCCGCUGCAUUCCUGGUCACUUCAGGUGUGACGACGACGACGACUGUCAAGAUGGCAGCGAUGAACUCGAGUGUAUUCUACCGGGCCAGAACUGCAAAAUAAGUGAAUUCGAGUGCGAAAACAGCAAGUGCAUCAGGAAAGGGUUCGUCUGUGACUUUGACGAUGACUGUGGAGACGGCAGUGAUGAGCGCAACUGCCCCGAUGUCCCGUGCGGGGAGGACGAGUUCCGAUGCGCCAACAGACGUUGCCUCCCGACGCGCUUCACGUGCGACGGCGACGACGACUGCCGUGAUGGCAGCGAUGAACUUGACUGCAUUCUUCCUGGCAAUAUCUGCACCAUCAAACAGUUUGAGUGCAAGAAUGGCGAUUGCAUCAAGACUCGCUACCGCUGUGACGGCGAUAACGAUUGUGGAGAUUCGAGCGACGAGGAAAACUGUGCCGAUUUCCAGUGCGGCGAAGACAGGUUCAAGUGCGCCAACCAUCGCUGCAUCAACGCGCGUUUCAGGUGCGACGGCGACGACGACUGCCACGAUGGCAGCGACGAACUUGACUGCACCCUUCCUGGCAGUGCCUGCAUGAUAACUCAGUUUGAGUGCAAGAAUGGCAACUGCAUCAAACCCAGCUUCGUCUGUGACGGCGAUAACGACUGUAACGAUAUGAGUGACGAGGAAAACUGUCCCGAAAGUUGAGGCGUCUGGUCCAGGUUCUCCAGCUCUCAUCCGGCAAUACUGUUUUACUGACGCACAUUGGACAACGACCAACAUGCAAUACAAAUAAAAUAUAACUCCUACAUGCCACUACACAUGCUUCUAUAAAGUGAUAUCAUAAAACUUUCAUCACUGUAUUGUUAUCAGCUUCAAGUUACUUGUUUAUAAUUUCAUUUAUACUUUCCAACCAUCAUCAAGAAGGUAGAAGGUUUUUGAGUUCAAAAUAAGCUCAUUAAGCUGCCGAUGCAGCUGAUGGUGGUCAUUGAUUCUGAUUGCUCGCCGCAUCUUGAAAGGAUCUCAGAGCAAACCGAUUAAAUUCAGAUCUAUGUUUCAUCGGUAGUUACUGUAAUAGAAUAAAUCAUUGCAAGUAUUCAGCAUUGUCCGUUAAAUUAUCAGCUGCAAUCUUCUUUUUUUU